AUGUCCAACGAGCCAUCUCAACCCUCUCCUCUCUCCGCUUCCGCCGUCCCAUCCAGCUUCGACUCGUCGCCCGAAUUCUUCGAAGAAUCCCGCUUCCAAAAGCUCUGGCGCAAACUGCGUCAAGAGCCACUCAUCCCACUGGGCUGCGUGGCAACAUGCUACGCCCUGUACAUGGCGACCAAAUCCAUCCGCGCAGGCGACCACCAUCAGACGAAUCGCAUGUUCCGAGCGAGAAUCUACGCCCAGGGCUUCACGCUGGUGGCCGUAGUGGCGGGCAGCAUUUUCUACAAGGAUGAGAGGAUGAGGAGGAAGGAAUUCGAGUCCAAGGUGGAGGAGAAGAAGAACGCCGAGAAGAGGGAGAAGUGGUUGGCAGAACUCGAAGCCAGGGACCAGGAGGACAAGGAGUGGAGGGAAAAGAUCGAGAAGGCGAGUCGAGUCGCGAAGGAGACAAGCGAGGAUGUUAAAGAAAAGGCGGACAAAAUGAUUCAAGGGGGAAAAGAGGGGCUGCAGAAGGCACAGGAGCAAUUGACCCCCGCCGAUGCUGCGGGGCAGGACGACGAGAAGAAGAGCAGCUGGGCCCUCUGGAACAAGAGCGUGCUGGAGGAGGUCAAUGAGGAUGGCUGGGGCCCCGGGAUGUGGGCGAGGAGAACGAGAGAUGCUUGGAAGAGAUUCUGA